AAAUUAACAAUCUGAUUCACCGUACCACGUCACUGCACCACAUGAUUCGCAUCAUUGUUAGCUUUAGUCUAAAACUUGGUUCAGAGUUGCGAGCAUAGUCUAGUUCCAAAAUAAGCGCUGUCGAUGCCAUGGACAAAGCAAAGACAUAUAAAUAUGUCCUACUCAUGGUUCUAGGAAUGGUUGUCUACAGUGCAGGUUGGUGAUCAGUUUGUGUUGUUAGUUGGAAUUUGCGUCUUCAGCAUAUUUGUGUUUUUAGUUUCUUUCUAAAAAUAAGUGCAUAUUUUUAUUGACUUAUUUUAAUUUUGUAAGUUACAGAGGCCUAGCUAGACGUCGGCCUAGCUAGACAGUUGACCUAGCUGGACAGUUGGCCAGUUGACCCAGCUAGCCAGUUGGCGAAGCCAGACAAUUGGCCUAGCUAGACAGUUGGCAUAGCUUGACAGUUGACCAGUUGACCCAGCUAAACAGUUGCCUAGCCAGACCGUUGGCCUCACUAAACAUUGGCUUAUUCUUGAGUUUUCCACUUUUUUGGUCAUUGCAGUUCCUAGAAAUUUUAGGCGUAUAAUUAUCUAUAGACAUUGCUACUUAGAACAAGUAGUAAGUGCUUUUCAUUUCCCUUCAAAAGAUAACAGCUGGGGAAAUUCCCGCCUUAUAAGGCAAUCAUCAUUUGAAUAAGGAAGCUAGCAUGAAGUAUUUUAAAAUACAGUGGAACAAGGUUUAUGCGCGAUAAUUAGGUAAUUAAAAUUAGGAUCGUAUUAUAUUGGGUUCGUCCGAUUGCCGAGUUUUGAUAACAAAUUCAGCUCCAAAUACAUUGGAGUUUUGAAAAGUAGAACGAUGUGUGAUUUUUUGGGGUUAAAAAUGGCGUUUAAAAAAAAUCUUUUGUGUUUCGUGAGCUGUGUGAGCUAAAUUUGAACUAGUUUAGGGCGACCGAAUUAUGAACUGGAAAAAAUGGGACACACCCAAGGAGGGUUGGGGGCAUGGGCGCCCGCAAAAAACUUUCUAGGGGGGGGGUCAAAAAAUCGAUUUACUUUCUGGGGGGGGCGGGGGCAAAAAAAUUUAAGUAAUGUUUUAAUGUAGUUUUAAUUUACUGUAGCGUAUUUGUGUGGUAAACGAACGGACAGGACAUCAGCUUAGUUACUUUCUCUUUAUUUCUCUUUACUUUAAUACAUUUUUUGUCUAUUUUUGUCUAAAAAUAUUUUAUCCAAUUAAUCAAGGCGGAGCAAGGCCCCCCCCCCCCUGCGGGCACCCAUCGUUAGGGGCAUACCCUCCAGCGGGAACUGUUUAUUGAAAUUUGCUUAUUUAAACUAUUUUGAAAAAAAAAAUUACCUUCACUUUUGUAAUUUAACUUAAAACCUGAAGCAUAUCAUAAACGAAAACAAUAAUUUUGCAGUUAAUACUUAUUUAUUUAUACAUAUUUUACAACAUAAUACAACACAACAAAUUAAAUGUCUCUAGUCUAGGAUUUCAAUUGAGGACAUUAGGCUGUUGUCCCAGCCAUUGUUAAAACCUCCUUCUUAUAUAAUAUUUGAAAAUGUGUUUGGUUUUAGAAACGGGACAUUUAGACGUCCCGAUAUAAUUUUUCGGGACACCGGGCACCAUCGUGAAAAAACGGGACAAUCCCGGUUUUACGGGACGUUUGUAUACCCUAAACUAUUAACAAUGGAUUUCUGAUUGUGUUGUAUUGGAGUAUGUAUUACUUAUUCUUUUUUUAAAGUUCUUUCACAAAUACAUAUUUUAAAAAAAAUGUACAAAAUUUAGGGCACCAUGCCACGACCGAGUUAUGUCCGAAUUUUCGUUAUAGCGGGGUUCUCCAAAGCACAAUUAAUGACAGGAAAUACAAUUAUUUCGAGCUCUAUCUAGAAAUCAAUCUUUAUUUCUAAAAUAUAUUAUAUAUAUAUAUAUAUAUAUAUAUAUAUAUAUAUAUAUAUAUUCAUAGAGCUUAGGUGGUCAUUUGCUUCAUCAACUCAUCAUUGCCAACAUGAUAUUGAGUCAACUAUUUGCGAUAUUCUGUUUUUCAGCAUCCAAAGUUAUCGUGACGGUGGACCCUCAGACAAUAAUCCCAGUCUUGACAAAAACUCUCAAACUGCGCUGCUCUGUGACAAGUGAGCCGGUAGAGAUCAUUGGCCGUCGUGUUGUCACUUCCUCUGCCGUCUCAGAGACGUCUACGACACCGGCAGAUGUUUCCCACGUGACCUCCAUCAUCAUCACGAGAAUGCACCCGGAGACAAGAGUGAACGUUACCGUAGCAACCGUCUCUUCUUUCGACCCACCAACCGCUAAAGUUGACCUGGGCAAGAUCUCAGUCACCGGCAGCACCAACCCAACCUCUGGCAACGGGGAGAAGGGAUUUUUGGAGCUCACCUGGGACCACCCGUUGGAAGACCAAGAUGGCGUUUACAUCUGCGAGAUCUACGCUCUGAACGCGCUUCUACACCCCGAGUCAGUGACGGUGUCGACACAGGUCAAAACUGCGGCCGCCACCUUGACUGACCUCGUCAGGUACAUUUCAGAUAACGACAGACACAUAGAGACUCUUCAGGCUCGCGUCCAUCAGCUGGAAGGCUAUAUCUCUUCCUGGGAGUUGAAAGGACAAAAUCAGACUGAGGAUCUGGUCCAAAAGUUUCAGAUGCUGAGCGGGGACAUCCAGCGGUUGGAGAUCAUCACCGGAAACUUAACCGGUCAAAACAUCCAAACCGGAAAUGUUACAUGCACCAGUGGCACAGCCGUUAAUAUCAAGUUUCAGAAAAGCUAGGAAUCCGUUCCUGAUGUAUUUUUAGCCUUUACUGGCUACUCUAGCAGAAGCUACGACGUUGCAUUAACCAAAUCAUCAGUGAGCACUGACGGCUUUCAAUUACGUUGUGCAUCAAGUUCAUCUUACUCUUACAGUAUUUCCUGGAUGGCAAUAGACAACUGAUUAAUGUCUAUCACUAUUCGGGUACGAAUGGAAAUAAUAAAAGUUGUACCUCUAUAUAAUAGAGUCACUUUUAUAUUACGUAAGACAAUACAAUUAUUCUUUGUAUUUGGUUAUUUCGAAUUCCAAGAAAUGUAUCUUGCUGUUCCCUCUUUUCUAAUUGGAAAGUCCGUACCACAAAUAAUUUAUUUGAAAUAAUGGAGUGAAGCGGUUUUUUUUUUUUUUUUUGACAUAUGGAUGUGAAGAAAUUACUUAAAGUAAUGGCACGAAACAAUUGAUGAUAUAUAGCAAAGAUGCAAUGUAUGGAAAUAAUGAAAUGAUGACCCCCACCCGCCCCCAAUAUCUUUAUGUGUGGAAAUCAGUUUUGUUUUAAAAUCAAGUUCCAAAAAUCAAUAAGAUGGAUUAUAUUCAUAGAAUCCAAACCUUUUGAGAUCAAGGAACCCUUUUUUUAAUACCGUACACAAAAUAUUUAGCCCAUUAACUAUUACAAGAAAUAGCAAGAUUCUUGCAUCCUGAAAGAGAUACCUCAAUUUAUUUCUUACCUAAUCGUCAGUUCCUUCGAAUAUAUCUGUAUAUAGCAUUUAUCCCAAUUAAAGAAAGAAAAUUAACGUGUGUAAAACAUAAGAAAAUGCAUUGGAUAACUGCCCAUAUAAAUGUGGUCUAUGUUGAUGUGUGGUCUGUAUUGUCCUUUUGAUUUCCGUGAGUGAGGGUGCUACAAGAGGACGACAAUGAGUGGCGCCACACAUGAAUGUAUGCCUCAAAUGCAUCUAUACCUCUCAUGAAUGUAUGCCUCUUAUCUAUGUAUACCUCAUAGUUGUAUGUAUACCUCAUAUGAAAGUAUACCUCUCAUGAAUAUAUGCCUAACAUAAAUGUAUACCUCAUGUGAAUGUAAGCCUCAUAUGAAUGAAUUACUAACAUAAAUCUAUACCUCAUAUGAAUGUAUACCUCGCAUGAAUGUAUACCUCGCAUGAAUGUAUACCUCGCAUGAAUUCAUACCUCUUAUUAAUGUAUACCUACUAUGAAUGUAUACCUCAAAUGAAUCCAUAUCUUACAUGAAUGUUUUUUUAUUUAUUUAUUCUUUUAGUGCAGCUAUUGAGAAUUUAAAUUUGAGCGCCUAUUGAACACAAUUCUACUUGAUAUAAAAUCUUCGUGUACACAUAUUGUUUUAAAACUAAUGUAAAAACGCGCUGUAUAUCUACGCCCAUCGUAUUUCUCUCUCUCCCUUUGCCUCUCACUCUAGUAUCCCUUUCUCUCUCUCUCUCUCUCUCUUUAUCUCUUUUUUUCUCUCUCUUCCCUCUCUUUCACCCUGUAUCUCUCUUUGCUUCUUCACUUUCUCUCUUACUAUAUCUUUCUCUUUCUCUAUGCCAAAAUAUUCUAACCAUUUGCUUAAGUACAUUAACGUCUAUUUUGUUUGUUUGUUUCACUAAAGAACCAUUUGGCCAACCUGUUGUUUAUAUUAAUAUCGCAGUCCGAUAGUCUUGCGGACACUGUCCUAGAUUUAUAUAAUAGCCAAUAAACAAUUAUGCCCUUAUCACAAAAUAUUUAGUGACAGCGACCAAGAACAUGAGGAAGGCACCACCAGUGUUGAACUUUUGCAACGGUACGCAUUGAGGCGGCGGCCUCUCUUAUACUUCACAUAGCAUUUAAUGAAGGAAUGUGGAGAGACAGAUAAGGUUUUUUUUUUCGUGUCUUUUUUUUUUUUGUGCGAGGGAGGUUGUGGGGGGGGGGGGGGGGGGUGUAUUUUUUUUUUAAAAAAAAAAAUUUUUUUUUUUUUUAUUUUUUUUUUUUUUUGCGGGGGGGGUUGGGGGGGGGGGGGGGUGCGUUGAUUUGUUUUUACAAAUAAACAAUCUGAUUCAUCGCGUGCAAGGUUGUUUCACCACAUGAUCCGAACCGUUGUUAGUUUAGUCUAAAGCUUAGUUCAGCGCUGCCAACAUAGUCUCGCUCCAAAUCAAGCGCUGUCGACGCCAUGGACAAAGCAAAGACGUAUAAAUGUAUCCUACUCACGGUUCUAGGAAUGGCUGUCUACAGUGCAGGUUGGUGAUGAUGAGCAGUUCUGUAAGAAUGUGUUGCAAAGUUCACCGUACGCAAAUUUGUAUUUUUAGAAUUCUUUUAAAAUAAAAAAUAAGUACAGAAUUUUAAUAUAUGUAUUUAAAAAAAAAUAUUUUAAGGUGGACUAGCUAGACAGUUGGUCUAGCUCAGGGGUCGGAACCUAUGGCUCGCGAGCCAGAUCUGGCUCUAUUGAUGGCUGCAUCUGGCUCGCAGACAAAUGAUCGAUUAUUAAAAAAAGUCUCAUUAAUGGUAAGAAAUACUCAUUAUUGAUUAGCAAAAGCAUAACAAUGUUAUUAAAAAGAAUUCAGAGACAUAAUUAUUCCAAUGUUAGUGUUGAAAUUACACAAAAUGCACACAUGUACUUGAAUUUUUUGUUUUAAACAUAAUGUAUGGCUCUCACAGAAUUACUUUUCAAAAUAUUUGGUGUCCAUGGCUCUCUCAGACAAAAAGGUUCCCGACCCCUGGUCUAGCUAGACAGUUGGCCUAGCUGGGCAGAAUGCUAUCCCUGAGUUCGCCACUUUUCGGUCGUUGAAAGUUUUCGAUAUUUUAGGCGAAUGAUUGUCUAUACACAUUACCACUCAGGAAAAGUAGGUCACAAAACAUGUAGAUGCCAUGUGCUUUUUAUUUCCUUACAACAGCUGGUGAAAUCGCCACCUUUUAAGACGAACAGUUCAUUAAUAAGCCAACCAGCCUACUUGUAAUACGAACAGUAUGAAUAGUGGAAGCACGUUCAAGCGAGAGAGUUAGUUAAUUAAAAGUGGGAUCGCGUUUGCAUUGCGAUUGUCCGAUUGCUGAGUUUUGAUUAAAAAAAAAUUAAGUUCCUAUGGUGUAGGAGUUUUUUAAUAGAAGAAAGAUCUGUGACUUGCUUAUUAACAAAAAUGCAUCAAAAAUAUCUUUUGUUUCGUAAGGUAUGUGUUAAAUUUGAAGCAUUUGCCGUGGCUUUGUGUUUGAGUUGUAUGAGAAUAUGUUUAUUCUAAUUCCUUUUUUUAACGUUCUUUAACAACAUAAUAUUUUCAAAUUAAUAUAAAAAAAAAAUAAGGAGGCAUGCAACGAUGGCGUAAUGUCCCAAAUUUCCCGAUAGCGAGGUCAACAUCGCUCAAUUAGUGACAGGUCAUACAUCUCUGAGCUCUAAACGUAAUCUUAUUUCUUAUAUAGUGUAUAUAUAUAUAUAUAUAUAUAUAUAUAUAUAUAUAUAUAUAUAUAUAUAUAUAUAUAUAUAUAUAUAUAUAUAUAUAUAUAUAUAUAUAUAUAUUCAUAGAGCUUAGGUGGUCAUUUGCUUCAUCAACUCAUCAUUGCCAACAUGAUAUUGAGUCAACUAUUUGCGAUAUUCUGUUUUUCAGCAUCCAAAGUUAUCGUGACGGUGGACCCUCAGACAAUAAUCCCAGUCUUGACAAAAACUCUCAAACUGCGCUGCUCUGUGACAAGUGAGCCGGUAGAGAUCAUUGGCCGUCGUGUUGUCACUUCCUCUGCCGUCUCAGAGACGUCUACGACACCGGCAGAUGUUUCCCACGUGACCUCCAUCAUCAUCACGAGAAUGCACCCGGAGACAAGAGUGAACGUUACCGUAGCAACCGUCUCUUCUUUCGACCCACCAACCGCUAAAGUUGACCUGGGCAAGAUCUCAGUCACCGGCAGCACCAACCCAACCUCUGGCAACGGGGAGAAGGGAUUUUUGGAGCUCACCUGGGACCACCCGUUGGAAGACCAAGAUGGCGUUUACAUCUGCGAGAUCUACGCUCUGAACGCGCUUCUACACCCCGAGUCAGUGACGGUGUCGACACAGGUCAAAACUGCGGCCGCUACCUUGACUGACCUCGUUAAGUACAUUUCAGAUAACGACAAACACAUAGAGACUCUGCAGGAUCGCGUCCAUCAGCUGGAAGAUCAGAUCUCUGCCCAGGAGUUGAAAGAACAAAAUCACACUGAGGGUCUGAUCCAGAAGUUUCAGAUGCUGAACGGGGACAUCCAUCGGUUGGAGAUUAUCACCGGAAACUUAACCGGUCAAAACAUCCAAACCGGAAAUAUUACGUGCAGUAAUAAUGCAGGAGAUAUCACUAUCAAGUUUCAGAAAAAAUACGCAUCUGUCCCUGAUGUAUUUUUAGCCUUCUCUAGCUCCUCUAGCAAUAGCUACAGUGUCACGUUAAGCAAAUCAUCCGUGAGCACUGACGGCUUUCAGUUACGUUGUGCAUCAAGUUCAUCUUCUAUCUCUAACGUUAUUUCCUGGAUGGCAAUAGACAACUGAUGAACGUCUAUCAUUAAUCCCGUAUGAAUAGAAAUAAUAAAAGUUUUACAUGUG